UCUCUGCGCGCUCCCUCACCCUGCGGUAGCAAACCUUUGUCUACUCCGUCCUAAGCACUCGCAGAGGUCGGCAUGAGCGUCCUGAAGGAGAAGUGGUCGACCAACCUGGAGUUCAUAUGCUCCUGCAUCGGCUACUCCGUGGGGCUGGGCAACCUGUGGCGGUUCCCGUACGUGGCGUACAAGAACGGCGGCUCUGCCUUCCUGGUGCCCUACAUCGUCAUCAACGUGCUCAUAGGCCGGCCGAUCUACUACGUGGAGCUCCUCCUGGGUCAGUUCUGCGGCCAAGGACCCCUGGGCGCUUUCCGCAUGUCGCCCAUGUUCCAGGGCAAUGCUUUUGGCAUGAUGUGGGGUGCCUUCGUGACGACGAUCUACUACCAGAUGAUAAUCACGUACGCCGUGCUCUACUUCUACCACUCGUUCAAGAGCCCGCUGCCGUGGACCGACUGCUAUGAAUGGUGGGGCGUGCCCUUGGAGGGAUGCUUCGCGCGCCGCAAGAUGACCCACGUGUGCGGCAACGUCCGCAAGAGCAUCGUUCUCGCGGGCAUCAAUGACACAGAGGCCGAGUCACCCGUGUUGGUCACCUACAAGGGUAGCGGUGUGCUGCUGUCGCAGAGCGAGUACAACAGCCGCUUCGCCGGCUGCGUGGACGCCAACGCCUCGUCGGUCGACAUGUUCUACAACCGAGUGGUGCUCAACGCGUCGUCUUCCUUCGAGAAGGUCGGCUUCGUGCAGCCCAAUCUGGUCAUUUGUUACGCCAUCUGCUGGGUCAUCAUAUUCCUCAUCAUAUUCAAAGGAAUAAAGGUGGUUGGUAAGGUGGUCCUGGUGACCGCCACGGUCCCGUACGUCAUUCUGAUGGUCAUGCUCAUUCGUGGCAUCACGCUGCCCGGAGCAAGCAUCGGCUUGCGGUACCUCCUCGUGCCGCAGUGGGACACGCUGUUGAGUCCGGACGUGUGGCGCGCGGCCACUGAGCAGACCUUCUACUCGCUCAGCAUUGGCACGGGUGGUCUUCUGGUGUACGGCGGCUACCAGCCAUUCCGCAACGACGUGUCUUCCAGCGUCUUGUUCAUCUGCUUCGUCGAUUUUUUGACCAGCGCGUUCGCCUCGCUGGUGGUGUUCUCGGUCCUGGGAAACAUGGCGCACACGCUGGACAUCCCCAUCGCGGACGUAGUCGCCGCGGGGCCAGGCCUCGCGUUCAUCACCUACCCCGAGGCUCUGUCCCUGAUCCCGUUUCCCAAUCUGUGGGCGGUGCUGUUCUUCGCCAUGCUCUUCUUUCUGGGCAUCGACUCGCAGAUGGGCAACUGCGAGUUCCUCACCAAUUCCAUCCAAGAGCUAUUCCCCGUCUUCGCGAAGCAGCGCAGCGCGACCGCCUUCAUGUACUGCUCAUUCUGCUUCCUCAUCGGAUUGUCCCUCACCACGCAGGCUGGCCUGUACGUCCUAACGAUCCUGGACAACUACUUGGGCGCCCUGAUCGUUCUGUUCACCUGCCUGGGCGAAGCCAUCAUCGUGGCCUGGAUAUACGGCAUGAACCGCUUCUGCUUCGACGUUACCUUCAUGACGGGUAGCUGUCCCAGCUACUUCGUGUUCGUUGCAUUCAAGUACUGCGCGCCGGUGGCCCUGGGCAGCUUUCUGGUCUACAGUCUGUACGAAUUCCCGCGAAGCAGCGUUGGUGAUUACCUCCUUCCGGUGUGGGCCGACUUGUUCGGCUGGGCGUUGGCGGUGGUGGGGCUCGCACCACUGGUCAUCAUCGCCGUGGUCAAACUGGUGCAGUGUGGAUUCAGCUGGCGCCGCGCAGCUUACCCCGAGAUCGACUGGGGUCCUAGUGAGACCAAGUACCGGGUCCUUUACCGCGAGCGGCUCAUCGAGGUGGGCUUCGCCGAGCUCCACUACAACAAGAUGUCGGCGACCGCCUCGACCGCACCCGACAUGGAGCGACGGCCACCGCCUCGGGAAAUCGGUGGCGGAAAACUGGUCUCCGCGCGGUCCAAGGGACUAAUGUGA